AUGGAGUACAAGAAGAUCCAUGCAUGCCCUAAUGAUUGCAUAUUGUAUAGAAAUGAGUAUGCAGAACUACGGCAAUGCCCCACGUGUGGGGUAUCACGAUACAAAGUGCAACACGAUGAAUUAACUGAUGAUGCAGGAACCAAAAAUUGUCGUCCUACCAAGGUGUGCUGGUAUCUUCCAAUAAUACCAAGGUUUAAGCGAUUGUUUGCUAAUGCACAUGAUGCAAAAAACCUUCCAUGGCAUUCGGAUGACCGAAAAUCUGAUGGAUUACUGCGACAUCCUGCCGAUUCGCCACAGUGGAAGACAAUUGAUCGUUUGUAUCCAGAGUUUGGGGAUGAGCCAAGGAACCUAAGGCUUGCUCUUGCUUCUGAUGGAAUGAAUCCUUAUGGUAGCUUAAGUAGCAACCACAGUUCUUGGCCUGUUUUACUGAUGAUUUACAACCUUCCCCCAUGGUUGUGCAUUUUGCGUAAAUACAUUAUCCUGUGUAUGAUGAUCGCGGGUCCAAGACAGCCAGGGAAUGAUAUUGAUGUGUAUCUUACGCCAUUAAUCGAAGACUUGAAACAAUUGUGGGAAGAAGGGGUAGAUGUGUGGGAUGCAAAUGUGCAGCAGACGUUCAGGUUACGCACAAUGGUGUUUUGUACUAUUAAUGAUUUUCCAGCAUAUGGAAAUUUAAGUGGAUACAGUGUGAAAGGGCAUCAUGCAUGUCCUAUCUCUUUUAAUGGAAGUCAGGAGAAUGAAGGCCCCCCAGAAGCAUUAACUGGAAACCAAGUUCAUGAUCGUGUAAAGGACAUUGUAACCGUGUUUGGCAAGUCCCAGAAGAAGACAUCAUCUCCCAACAACAUGUGGAAGAAACGCUCAAUAUUCUUUGAUCUUCCAUACUGGUCUGAUCUAUAUGUGCGGAAGACAAAGGAUGGUUUGAAAUGUCGUCAAGACUUGGUUGACAUGGGAAUACGAGAGCAGUUGCAUCCCAUAUCACAAGGUCGACGAACAUAUUUACCCCCAGCAUGCCACACACUGUCAACAGCAGAGAAGAAAAGUUUUUGUCAAUGUCUGCGGAAUGUCAAAGUUCCACAAGGAUACUCUUCAAAUAUCAAGAGCCUUGUCGCCCUCAAUGAUCUUAAGUUGGUUGGCUUGAAGUCUCAUGAUUGCCAUGUCUUAAUGCAACAAUUAUUGCCUGUUGCGAUUCGCGGCAUCUUGCCUGACAAAGUUAGAGUUGCCAUAACCCGUUUGUGCUUUCUUUUUAAUGCCAUAUGUAGUAAAGUCAUUAAUCCUCAUCAAUUGGAUGACUUGGAGAAUGAGGCUGCCAUUGUCAUUUGUCAGUUAGAGAUGUAUUUCCCACCAUCAUUUUUUGACAUCAUGGUUCACCUCAUUGUUCAUCUUGUGAGGGAAAUUCGGUUGUGUGGUCCGGUUUUUUUGCGGUGGAUGUAUCCAAUUGAACGCUACAUGAAAGUGUUGAAGGAAUAUACCAAAAAUCAAUACCGACCAGAAGCUUCCAUUGUAGAAAGGUAUGUUGCUGAAGAAGCUAUUGAGUUUUGUUCACAAUACAUGGAAACAGUUGAAGCUGUGGGGGUACCGAAAAUUCGUCAUGACCGGACACGAGGAGGUCAAGGGACACGAGGCUUCAAUGUUGUUACCAUGAGUCGACAAGAUGUGUCACAGGCGCAUUUGUAUAUCUUGAAUAACACACAGGAGGUCGUUCCAUACAUACAAACUCACAAACAAUAUCUGACAUCUAUUAACCCAAAAUUGAACAUGAUGAAAUUGUUAUAA